AUGGAGGGGGAAGAAGGCAGCUCACGCGCUAUUCGUGGGGCUUCGCUUGGAGGCCUCCCGACACCGGCCUCCAGGGCCAGUUUUCGCUUGGGGAGCGUCUUCAAUGGGCAGGAAAUUGGGUGGGACGAUGCAAUCGCGACGAGGAGGCGUGAAGAGGUGCAGGAAUGGGAGUCUCAAGGACCUGGCCCAGUGACGGAGGAGCAAGGAACACGGGGAAAGGAGAAGGACCCGGAUUGGAGGCCGGCACCAGGGGAGGCGGCCGGCACGAGUGGAGGAUCGGGUGAUGAGGGUUGGGGAGGGAGAGGAGGGAGCCAGGCUGGUGCCAGCGGUGCAGCAGCAAAGAGGCCACGCACGAGUGGGCCUGUGGGGUCAGGAGCUGGAGGGGCCGGGCCGGCGUCGAAUUCGCAGCCGCAGGGGGCAGCCGCGGGUGGUUCUGAGGGGUCGGGCGCAGCAGGGGCAGGUACCUCCGCCGCUGCGGCAGGUGUUGCACCUUUGGGUGGGUCUGCGGGGGCUGGAGCAAGCCAGAGGUCCGACAGGGCGGGCAGGACCCCUACCGAUGAGGAGCUGGACCCAUGGACUGAGGAGGUGCUUAGGAAUGCAGAACCCGGGCUGGUUCGUGGCAUGUUCAGUGAGAAGGAUGUGAAAGAGGCUAGGAAUUGCAAGAUUUGCAAGAAGAAGAUUAGCUGGAAAGGUAGUUGCACGAGCACGGGGAAGAGACACCUCAAGAGGAGCCACUACCCCAGUCUGCAGAUCUGGUGUCGGCGUUUCAAGGAUCCAAACAAGCCAGACAACCUGACGUUUCCCGAUGGGGGAUGGGGUCCGGAUGUCCCCGACCAGACAGCGUGGCCUUGGGAGCAUGCAGCCACGUGGCCCAGGAUUGUACAGACACCAGACAGCGCAGUGACUGGCGGAUCCGAGGUUGGUGGGAGUAGGCAGAUGAGCAUGGCCGCAUUCGUCACGCCGCGUGUUCAUGGCCAGCAGCUGCGCGAGGGAUUGGUGCAGCUAUUUGCGGCAGCUGACCUUCCGUUUCGACUUGUUGAGUGUCGCGAGUUCAGAGCAUUUGUCCAGAUGCUGAACCCGGGAGCUGCGCUACUGCUCGGCUCACGCCAUCGCUUGGCACGGGACAUGAUGGCAUACGGGGAGGCUGCUAGGGAGGACAUGCGGCAGCUACUGGUGGGUGAUGGCCUGGCGGGAAGGAUGUCCCUCACCUUUGACAUCUGGACCGGUGAGAACAACGUGGCCUUCAUGGGGGUGACUGCCCACUAUGUCACCAGCGAUUUCCUGCUGAAACAGGCUGUUAUAGACUUCAGGGAGCUUAAGGGCUCUCAUACGGGGGACUUGAUAGCCGAUGAGCUGGAGGAGGUGUUGUGGGAGUGGGGCUUGGAGAAGAUGUUGUUCGCCUACAACGCGCUGAUUGAUCUGCAGGAGAAGGCACAGCUCACUCCUGGCAUCUCCCCUCUGCGCUCAUCGCUGAUCACUGCUGCUUUGAGCAAGCUGGAGCGGCACAUGGGGGGUGUGAGCGAGGAGGCAGCGAUAGCCACUUUCUUGGACCCGCGCCAGAAGCUCGCACCCUUCAAGCACCGAGCCAGGGCAGCAGAGGGGAAUUCGAGAGGGGCAACACUGGAGCUAGGACCUGAUAGGGUGAAGGCCCUGGUACGGGCGCGCCUUUCAGAGUACCAGGCAGCCAGCACCACGGCGCUGGGAGAUGGUGGGGAGGUGACUAGUGCGAGGGGUGCAGGGGUGCAUGCAUCGGCAGGGGGUGGGGCUGUGGAUGCAUCGGCAAAUGUCAGCAUCCAACGCCGACGCAGCCGGAGAGCGGCAGUGAGGAGGAGGAUGAGGAGGAGGAUGGUGAGGGCGAGAAAGGAGGAGGACACUGAGGGGAGCGGGGAUGACAGCGAGGCGGCGUGGGACCCAGAGACGCAUGGCGGUGGGGAGGGGGGAGAUGAUGAGAUGGAUGGGUUGGAGCCAGAGGGGCGGGAGGAGGAGGUGGGAGAGGGUGGUGGAAGGGCGGCAACAGAGGCGGGAUCACAGCAUGUGCGUGAAGGGGGAGGGAGCGUGGGGGUUAAGGUGGGGGGGAGAAAGGCCGUGACCAUUAGGGAGCCGAGGCAGAGGAAGAAGGCCAACAAGUUGAGGGAGCGGGCGUAUCCCUGCACGUUCACUGGGGAGCCCUUGGGCGAGGGUGUGAUUGCUCCCGAGUUCCUAGACGAGGACGGAGGGUCUGAGAGUAGUAAGGGGACUGGCAAGGGUAAUAGGAAGCCGGGGUGGCAAGUAAUGAUGUUCGGACCGUUAGGGGCAGACGAUAAGCGUCAGUGCAAGAUUUGCACAGACAGGAUUUCGUGGAACCAAUCCACAACAACCCCCGGCGAGCGGCACUUUGCGAGCUUCCACACUGCGCACAUGCAUGUGUGGCAUCACCGUUACCACACCCCGUCCGUUCACUUGCCAGGGGAGACGUUGAUGGAUGCAACAGAGAAUCUCAGAGAAUGCAACAGAGGCAUGAAAGGCAACACGAUGGAGAUUGAUGGAUAG